GAUAGAUAGUGUAUCACUGAUAAUGUAGAACUCUCAGACUUCAUCAGGAUCACGAUGUGGUAUCAGAGUCUGCUGUGUGUCGGGGCUGCUCUCUGUGUCUGUCUGAGUUGGGGGGAGCCGUCGAACGAGUACCCACCCAGGGAGCUCCUCGACAAGCUAGCGUCAAAGGUGACACCGGGCGUUCAUCCCUUUGAUGAAGACAGCCAUGGCAUCCACAAGAACAUCGUGUGCGACAUGUGCGAGGUAUACGUGACCUUCAUACAGCUCUGGUUCCAGAAGGGCAAGACCGAGGAUGAAAUCGUGAAGCUCGCCACUGAUGUCUGCAUCGAUAUGAAGUCAGCCUCAGACAGAAUCUGCAGACUCAUCACUCGGGAGUACAAGGAUGAGGUGUUGGGUGUGGUGGGCCAGCUUGCCCUGUCGCCGACCGAGGUGUGCGGCAUCAUCAUGGGGUCCUCGUGCGACAUCCCCUACAACCCUGACCAGUGGUGGAACGUCUCCCUGCCCUCAACACCCAAACCCCCCGUACUACCUCCACGGCCACCCGGACCAUCUUCCCCCAAGCUGAGGGUGCUCCACCUGACCGACAUCCACAUCGACCUCAUGUACGAGGUGGGCUCCAACACCGACUGCGGCGAACCCGUCUGCUGCCGAUCCAACGACGGCAAACCAGCCCCGGGGGUGUCGGGCGCCGGCAGGUGGGGUGACUACAGACUGUGUGACAUCUCCAUGAGCCUCGUCAACACCCUCUUCGAACAUCUCGCCACCAUAAAGGACCAGUUUGACUUUGUGAUCUUCACUGGGGAUAUCCCGGCACACGAUGUGUGGAACCAGACCCGCAGUCAGCAGAUCGCCGCAACACAGAGACUGACGAAUCUCUUCCACCAGCACCUGCCGGGUAAACAGGUAUACUUCUGUGUCGGCAACCACGAGAGCGCACCUGUCGACAGUUUCCCACCACCGGAAGUGACGGGCAACAACUCUAUCUCCUGGUUGUACACGGUGUUGGCCGAGUCGUGGGGCAUAUUGGCUCCCCGAAGAUGCCAAACAGACAAUACUGAAGGGCGCCUAUUUCACCGUCUCCCCUACCCCGGUUUCCGCAUCGUCUCCAUCAACACCAACUACUGCAACAAAGCCAACUGGUGGCUCCUUCUCAACAGGACGGACCCGGCAGAUCAGCUGCAGUGGCUUACCCACGUGCUGCAGGCGGCGGAGGACGCCAGGGAAAAGGUGUUCAUUCUAACCCACAUACCCCCCGGGGAAGGAAAUUGUCUGAAGCCGUGGAGCUGGAACUACUACAGAAUUGUCAACAGGUACGAGAGCACCAUAAUGGCUCAGUUCUAUGGACACACCCACAAGGACCAGUUUGAAGUGUUCUAUGAUGACGUCAACUUCACUCGACCAACCAACAUCGGCUACGUCAUGGGGGGCAUCACCACUCGCGGUGACAUGAACCCUAGUUACAGGAUUUAUACUAUGGACGGAAACUACAGCUCCAGCUCCUGGGCUGUGCUGGACUUUGAGACUUACUAUACUGACAUUGCAACCGCCAACAAAGGCCAGGCCGCGCCAGUGUGGCAGCUCGAGUACACAGCUAAGAGCGAGUACAACAUGACCGGACUGUACCCCCGAGACUGGAGCGACCUCAUCUACAGGAUGAAGGAUGACGACACGGUGUUCCAGCAGUUUUACAAACUGUUUUACAAACUACGAGACAACGGACCCUGUACUGACGACUGCAAAACCAAGAUGCUUUGCGAGCUGAAAACGGGGAGGUCACAUGAUCCAGCGCUCUGCAGUGACCUUUGACACCGGUUGUCGAUACUAAUGCCAGCAAUGGUCGACGAGAUUUUCUAUGUGGUGUUUGUUGUUAUACAAUAUUCCCGAGACCUUUUCGUGUAAACUGAAGUUUCGUGUAAACUGAAUUGAAUAAACAAUGAAAAUAA